AGGUGGAUGCGGUGGAACGAUGCAGGAGGGCAGUUGUUUUUUCAGCUACGAUCACUUCAACAAGAUUUUAAAAGAAAAUGCCACCUACGACUAUUUCCUCCAGAGCAGUGUGUCUGUGCGACACCAUAAUUCCAGGAAUGCCGUAAACGAGGUGCGCCGCGAUAUCAUGUUCGUUGAUGCAAGAUUUUGCUGUUCAUUUGUGAGGGGAUACAGUGGCAAAAAUAAGUCUAAAGUAAAACACUGCCCAGCCUAUUUCAUUUUGCAGUAUGUUGAGAGACUGGAUUGCUUGGUCGUAAUGGAGGCAAACAACAAUCAUGUCCACUUGCAAGAAGAGCAUCAGCCUUCACUCACUCCUGCUAAUGAUGCAUCAGUUUCAAAAAAAGCUCGCGUUCGAAGGCGGCGUGACGUAAUCUCAGAUGACCAUUCUAAACAGAGUUCCUCCAAGGAAUCCACAGAUUUGUCACAGAAAGCAAAGUCUUUACCGGUGAAGACUCCGUCAAAAGUAAAAUGUGUUGCUCCUUCCCUCAGUGAGAUUACUGACUUUGAAUCCCCUGACGGCUCACUCUCUGUAGAAGCUGUGCAACGAUUAGCAACACUCAUGAAAAACUUCCUGCUCACUGAUAAAGGUGCCAAAGCCACAAUAACCAUUGGGCCUGAGCAGGUACUCGAGCUGUUGUGCUUUCAGACCAGUAAAAUGGGUGAGCACUUUGUAAAGUUCCCCGAGAGUCUCCUAAUACACAGAGUGGAUGUUAAAUAUGACUAUGUCUUGUAUGCUUUCUUGGUCGAGAGCAAAGAACGUGUAGGAAAACUUGUCCACUUUUCCUUUGUUAGAGAGGACAACGCACAAACGGUGUCCAAUAUUCUGAACAUCUUUCAGGACUUCAAUCCAGAUUGGAAAAAAAUAAAGAUUAUUUUUACAGAUGUGAGUUUUUCUCACAGUGCUUCAAUAAAACAGGUGUUCCCUUCUGCUCAGAUUCUUCUGUCUGUCUACCACACGGUUAUUUUUAUCGAAAAGAAUGUGAAGGCAAAACAAUCCUUUAAGGAAUGGCUCCGUAAAUCGAUAGAAGAUGCCAUAUUUUGCACCUCUCCGCAAACGUUGUCUUAUCUAUCUUCAAAACUUAAGCCCAAAAUGGACAAGGAUUUGUAUAAUUAUCUGUCUACAAACUGGUUUAAAUGUGAGUUGCUGUGGUACACACAUGUCAAAAAAGGCUUGCACUCGUGUAGUACCUAUAUGGACAGUUUGAACAUGGUAUUGGGUAAGAUUUCCCACCUGCUUGGAAAGCAGAACUCAAUGGAGUCAGUUAUUCGACAGUUUGUAGAGAAUGCGGACUGCUUUAACAGCAAAGGCUUGGAGAACCCUAAUGAUGGCUCUUUACGUUUUUCCAAGAAAAAUAAUAUAAAAUGCCAAAUGAUCAGGAAAAGAAAAAGUACACCCCAUUCUCUGGAUUCUGUAGCAGAGAACAACUUGAAAGGCAAGGAAAGCCCGUCUGAUGUCCCUCUUACACCCCAUUCUCUGGAUUCUGUAGCAGAGAACAACUUGAAAGGCAAGGAAAGUCAGUCUGAUGUCCCUCUUACACCCCAUUCUCUGGAUUCUGUAGCAGAGAACAACUUGAAAGGCAAGGAAAGCCCGUCUGAUGUCCCUCUUUCCCCUGUUUACAACACAGAUCCUCAUUUAGUACAUCCUUCGACCCUGACAAACCAAGAUGCCAUGUUUGAAUCUCUACAGGAACAUUGCAAUGAUCUGGCAUUUAACCUUUGCUCAAAGGAAUGGGAAGUUGUGCAAAAGUCCACACAAGUCAUAAAUGUGCGAGAGCAAUGCAUUGGAGUGCAGGUUCUGGAAGAAUCACAUCAGAUCUCAACUGAUGGUCGGUCUUGUACUUGUAACUUCAACAAAAUGUAUAAAUUGCCAUGUCGGCACAUACUGAGCAUGCUUUAUAUAGAGAAGAGAACAGUGGACCACACCAUGGUAUCACCCAGCAUGCAAAAAUAUGCACAAAACGUCUUGCCAAAUGCACAGAGCUCAGGCACUGAACUGCAUUUGCAAGAAGGAAGAGAGGAUAAAAUUAACAGUCUGACUAAGGAGCUUUCUAACCUGCUUUGUCAGUGUGAGGGAUCAGAAAAUCUGGUCAGGUCGUCUACAUUGCAGAUGAUAGUAAACAUGUGGAGUGUGGCAUCUAACACCUCCGACAAAGAUCACCAAGAUCUAGACAGUAGUCAAGCGUUGCCCUACAAGUGGGUGAAGAAAGAGCAGAUAGAGGGAGAGGAAUAUUCUGGUUCUCGUGAGCUCUGUAGACUAGAUGCAUUCCCAAUUCUGAGCUGAAACUUUUUUCUUUU